CUUUCAGUCGCUUACAUGCAGAUUUCUUUCAUUUCGAAGGAAAAACGUUUUUGCUCAUCGUCGACAGCUACUCUAAAUGGGUGGAAGUAGAGGUCAUGCUUUAUGGAACGGACGCUAAACGAGUGAUCAAUUCGCUAAUGACUUUGUUUAGUAGGUUUGGUCUUCCCGAUGUCAUGGUUACGGACGGUGGCCCACCUUUCAACUCUAAGGAAUUUUCUUUGUUCUUGGAGAAACAUGGAGUGAGAGUAAUGAAAAGUCCACCGUAUAACCCAAGCAGCAACGGUCAAGCAGAACGCCUAGUGAGAGUGGUAAAAGAUGUUUUCAAGAAGUACUUACUCGACCCUCAGUUGCGAGAUUUGGAUUUACCUCACAAAAUAAAUUAUUUCCUGAUUAACUAUCGGAAUCAAAUCGCUACUAAAGAUGGAACACCACCAUCACACAAGGUUUUAGCCUUUAAACCAAAAAUAUUGCUUGAUUUAAUUCAUCCAAAUAAGCAAUAUAAACAUUUUCAAGAAAAAUCUAGUUCAACAGACAUCUGUGCAGUAUCUCCUUCUAAACCUGAUCCGUUUACAAAACUAGUGAACGACGAUCAUGGCCCACAGAAACCAGUUGAAGAUGGCUCAUUCUCCGAUUCGAGGCACGAUGAUGUUACUCCCAGAAAUCAACCGAAGGAAGCGCAGUCGUGCUGAAUACGACGAAACCGCAUACCACGGGUUUCCAGGAUCCGAGGACGAUGAAGAGCCAUUUAUGGGGUUCCCAGAUUCAGCCAUUAUUGACCCGAAUCCAACUGAAUUGAAGCGACAGAAACAGAGUGAUAGCCUGAUCAUGACCAGGAGUCGAGCUCGAAAAAUGAACAACAAUGAUCGCGAUCUGAACUUUUAAAAAGAAACAUGCACGUAGUGCGUUCGAUUAUUCUUUACAAUUUACAUAUUUUAAUGCAUUCUGAAUUUUGCUUGGAAAAGAAAUCUAUUCAACCAUAAUCGAAUUUAAGUUUAAAAUUAGUUAUAUAGCUAGGUUCUUGAGAGGGAAGAACUGUAGCGUACUGCGUAUCAGUCGAUAUAAUACGCGUUCGGUGAAAUGACUCGUUACACGGUCAAUCGUUAGAACAAUGUAAUCGAAAUUAACGGAAUAAAACUAAAUUAUUACAUUCUGUGAACGUAAGGAAUGAAGACGUGAAUUCUAAUUAUUUUAAACCUAAGAGAAAGUCUAUGC